AUUUUUUCCGUUUCCCGUGACUUACAUUGACAACAUCUUGCUUGAGAUAAGCUAGUGUGCUAGCUGUGCUUAUGCAAGGGCCAAGCAGCGUUUCCUAGCCAGCGAUAAUUUUAUUAUUGCUUUUCUUUCAUCGCUCAAAGAGGAAAACAUGUCAGAUACGGAGACAAAACCAACGAGUCAAGACUGUGGGGACAAGAAGGAUGGAGAGUACAUCAAACUGAAAGUGAUCGGUCAGGACAGCAGUGAAAUCCAUUUUAAAGUGAAGAUGACAACACAUCUGAAAAAGCUGAAGGACUCUUACAGCCAGAGACAGGGCGUCCCAGCAAGUACACUCAGGUUUCUGUUUGAAGGACAGCGAAUCGCAGAUAAUCAAACUCCAAAAGAGUUGGGCAUGGAAGAUGAGGACGUCAUUGAGGUAUAUCAAGAACAGACGGGCGGACUUUGGGAUCAUUAAACCUCUAUUUGUAUUAUUAUUUUUUUUUUUUUUGUAUUUAGUUAUUUUUUUUUUUUAUGAAUGCAUUUUCACUUCGCUUUUAAACCAUCUGGAUCAAUACUAUCUGGGCUUCCUUGCAUCGGGACAGAAAGGAUUGGAUGAGGUCAUGAGGAUCGGGGCUGUCAUGUCAUGCCGCAAGUUUGCGUGGGUGUAUUUGUUGUUUUAUGGCUUAAGGAUGCAUCAUGUGGCAUACACAGCAACAGGAUGUAAACAUUGCAGGAUGUCAUCAAGUGACAUCAUUUUUAUCUACUUUCAUUUUGAGCAUUGCAUUUCCCUUGUACAGACUUUUAAAUUCCCACUGUUUGUUUUUUGAGAAAAGCGAUGGAUUAGUUUGUCUGCAUUUCUCACAGUUUUUGGUUAAAUGAAUUUAGGUGUUUUUGUAUUGAUAUAAUUGCAACACUGUUGGGCUUUUUUUUUUUAUAUAUAUAUAUAUAUGUAUAUAUAUAUAAAAAUAUGUGCUUGUACAUGUGUUGGUUUUGGUGUUUGAUAAAGCCAUGAUUAUCUCUUGCGUGGUCUCCUGCUCAUAUUGGAAGGUGCUGCUUCCUACUUUCGGAAAAUUCACCUUUGCGUACUCAGGGGUUAACGUUGCAUUCAACCUCUUCUCCAACUGCAACGUCCAAGAUGAUCCAGUGGAAAAUCAGUCCCUCAGAUGUGUUGAAGUCCAGACACUCAAUUGUUCUCCAGAGAAGCCGUGAUACAGUUGGUUUGACAUUCUGGUGAGCUUUUUCUCUCGCUUUUGUUUUGACUGUUAAGAUGUGGAGGUGGGUUGGAAAAAGUUCCAGGAUUCCUUGCCACACAAUGCAAUCUAGGAUGGAUACCUCUGGGGAUCCUCUGCAGCUCUUGUUGCCAUCUUGAUGUCAUCCACAUCGGUGAAUCCUUGGGCUUGGUCCAAAAUCACAUGGGCCAGGUUGAGUCGAGAGCGUAGCUUGAGCAUGUUCUUGGCCGGGAACUGUCAGAUGCUCAAGUUGUCCCACCAAAAUCCGUUUGCACCAAAUGAAGCAAACACUCUUUGUAGACUUGCUACUUGAUCAUCUGGAUGACUUGGUACAUGAUGUUUCCUCAAAUCGGAAGAAUGCCAUCUACAUAACUUGCUUUCUUUGUUCUUGGAGAUGUCGGUCUCUUCAAUAAAGUUUGAAACAAAGGUUCAGAA